GGUCUGCGCAGGCGCAGUGUCCCCGGGCCAAAAUGGCUGCGCGGUGUUCCCCACGCUGGUUUAGGGUGGCGGUGGGGACCCCCCGGCUGCCGGCUGCAGCGGGGAGAGGGGUCCAGCAGCCCCAGGGGGGCGUAGUGGCAGCAUCCCUGUGUCGCAAGCUGUGUGUCUCUGCCUUCGGGCUUUCCAUGGGCGCUCACGGCCCCCGGGCGCUGCUGACAUUGAGACCCGGUGUCCGCCUCACAGGAACAAAAAGUUUCCCUUUUGUUUGUACUGCUUCCUUCCACACAAGUGCUUCUUUGGCCAAAGAUGAUUAUUACCAGAUACUGGGAGUACCCCGAAAUGCCAGCCAGAAGGAUAUCAAGAAAGCCUAUUAUCAGCUUGCCAAGAAAUAUCAUCCAGACACAAAUAAGGAUGAUCCCAAAGCCAAGGAGAAGUUUUCCCAGCUGGCAGAAGCUUAUGAGGUGUUGAGUGACGAGGUGAAGAGGAAGCAGUAUGAUGCUUACGGCUCCGCUGGCUUUGACCCUGGAGCCAGCAGCUCUGGGCAGGGCUACUGGAGAGGAGGUCCUUCUGUUGACCCCGAGGAGCUAUUCAGGAAGAUCUUUGGAGAGUUCUCAUCUUCUCCUUUUGGUGAUUUCCAGAAUGUGUUUGAUCAGCCUCAGGAGUACAUCAUGGAGUUGACAUUCAAUCAAGCCGCCAAGGGUGUCAACAAAGAGUUCACCGUGAACAUCAUGGACACCUGUGAGCGCUGCGAUGGCAAGGGGAACGAGCCUGGAACCAAAGUGCAGCAUUGUCACUACUGCAGCGGCUCAGGCAUGGAAACCAUCAAUACAGGGCCUUUUGUGAUGCGUUCCACGUGUCGGAGAUGUGGUGGACGGGGCUCCAUCAUCACAAACCCUUGUGUGGUCUGCAGAGGAGCAGGACAAGCCAAGCAGAAGAAGCGAGUGACAGUCCCUGUGCCUGCAGGAGUUGAAGAUGGCCAGACUGUAAGGAUGCCUGUGGGAAAACGAGAAAUUUUUGUCACAUUCAGGGUGCAGAAGAGCCCUGUGUUCCGGAGGGACGGCGCAGACAUCCACUCCGACCUCUUUAUUUCAAUAGCUCAAGCUAUUCUUGGGGGUACAGCCAAAGCGCAGGGCCUGUAUGAGACAAUCAAUGUGACGAUCCCUGCUGGGAUUCAGACAGACCAGAAGAUUCGCUUGACUGGGAAAGGCAUCCCCCGUAUUAAUAGCUAUGGCUAUGGUGACCACUACAUUCACAUUAAGAUCAGAGUUCCAAAGAGGCUAAGCAGUAGGCAGCAGAACCUGAUCCUGAGCUAUGCUGAGGAUGAGACCGAUGUGGAGGGGACAGUGAAUGGAGUCACCCACACAAGCACUGGUGGCAGAACCAUGGAUAGCUCCACAGGAAGCAAGGAUAGGCGAGAGGCUGGGGAGGACAAUGAGGGAUUCCUUUCCAAACUUAAGAAAAUAUUUACUUCCUGAUACCCCUGCUGAGGAAAACGGUCAACUGGAAACUAGAUGGAGCAGCAGCCCCUCUCCGUGACCAGGGCAUGAGACACGGGAGGAUCCCAGAACAGCAGCACUGAGCCCCUGCUUACAGAUCCCUCUGAACAGCCCAGCAACAGCAAGCCUAUGUGACGACUUCUCUGCAUAAAAGGUUACGGUGUCCUAGGCAGUGACGCACGGCCCUCAGGCUGGACACCGAGACAGGUGGGAAGUGCCUGUCCACUGGUAGGUGACUGCUGCUUCUGGUUCAGGCAGGAAAACACUUGGACUCUUCUUGCAGCACUAAGAUAAUCUGGAAUCGCAUGUCGUAGAGAGCUGAAAGAAUUAAAGACCCGUGCUUACAGCUUAAAAUGAAGCUUUAAGCUGCACAGUGUUGUGAAGUGAUUAAUUUCCCUCUCAGCAAACCUCAUGGAAGUUCUGAAAUAUGUCCGUCCUGACAGGGGUCUUCUCUAGGACUAGGGCAGCACAUCCUAACAGCGCCAUCUCCCUGUACAGAGUGUAGAGUGUGGUGUCUGUCACUCCCCUUGAAGCUUUUUUUUUUUUUUUUUUUUUUUUUUGACGGUAGCAAGCAGCUAGAAAGUGGGAUCUAGGGCCCUAGGAGGCACACUUGUGGGACACCUCGCAGCAGCAAGUUCCACUCCACCUCAGAUGGCAGCUUGCCUGGUAGUGUACUUAGUGUUCUAGUCUGGUGUGUGUGGAUGUUUCCUGCCCUGUUGGACCAAAGUUACCAUGGUCAUGUGGGACAGCCUUCAGCCUCUGGGGACCCAGAACUUUCCAGCCAGGGCUUGGUUCUCCAUUUCCACUGCUGACAUUUGAUUUCCAGUGUAUUUCAAUUACUCAGUGGUAAGGUUCAUUGUCUUUUCCUGUGUAAGUGUUAAACGACAGCAUCAUUGGCGAAGGCCCUCCACAGUGCAGAGCAGCUUCGUUUCCAGCCUCUGCUGGUGGCACGUCAGAGUUUCUGUGCGCUAACGGUCCUCGGAGCUAGUGUAAGACAGGCUAAUGAAGAACACUUUCUCUGUAGUUUCUUUCUUUCAUUUAUAAUUUACAAAAGUAAAGCAUUUAUUAGUGUCUGAUUUAAGAAUGUAAAGUGAUUCUGUAUCAAUGUAAAUAAGAUGAUCUACUACAAAAGAUAUUUAAAAUCAAAA